AUGAACGACCCAGAUAACAAUGCUUGGGUAUUUGAUUCCCUGGUUGGAUUUCUUCAUGGACCUGUGUGGAAUGUACCAUUACAGACAUUUAUGGAAGAAAAGUCUUUACCGUUUGAGCCGACAGAUACGGGGGAAGUUCUUGACAGACCAGAAUAUAAGAAAAUCCACGAUGAGUAUCGGGAUUUGGUGGAUGUUAUGCUGGGAUCAUUUAUGGAUGACAUAGGCAUCACCGCCGACCAAUUCGAAGCAGCCUGCCACUUAUCCGCGAAUGACCUAGCAGAACUACCCGCAUACUUUCAUAAGCGAUUGUUUGAACAAAUCUGGGCUGCAAAUGACUACGAUAUGUUCGUUAAAAUGAUGACGCAUAAGAAUGUUGAGCUUCAGUUACAGGCCUUGGAGCUUAUAGAAAGGCGUUAUGGAGUUAUGCCUAAUCUAUUUACUUCGGAUUCUGAAAAAUUGGAUACGACACGUAGUGAAGGAGACGAAGAUUGGCAGGACCAUGACGAUGUAAUGACAGAAAUAAAAAAACUUCAACUGAAGGAAUAUGAAAGUUCAGAUGAAACUGUUACCGUACCACCAGAACACGUCGUGACUGAGAAAAAAACUCUAAUAACGAAAUUACAAAGGUUUGACAAGAAAGAAGAGAAUGUUGAAAAGAAAACAGAAGAUAAAACCGAAGAAAAGGCAGAGAUAGAACUACGUGGUGCCAUUAGAAAACCAAAAUUUAUUGAUGUGCCGAAACCAACACCUCAAAAAUUGGAAGUAAGUGAAGAUGAAGUGAGAGCUCGUCAAGAAUAUCUUAAACAACAGAGAGAUAAGUUAUUGGCGCUUAAGAAACAGGUGCGAGCAAAACAGCUAGGAGCUGAAACCUCACCGGGAUUCGAGGGAGGGGAGGGGAUAAGUAGCACUCAACGACAACAAAGACCUCGUUCAGCUCGAAUGGCACAAGCGGCUCUCGCGGGAAAUACGCCUCCGCCACCUCCCGACGCUAUGUCACUCCGCAAAGCACUUGCCACGAAGUUGAAAGCAGAAGUGGUGGAUAUUCAUAAUUAA